GUGGGAGAAGGACCCGGCCUACUGCGACACAGUCAAAAAGACGCCGCCUUACAACCGUGGCACCAGACUGCUGGACGUCAUAGACAUGGCUGUGCUGGACUUCCUCAUGAGCAACAUGGACAGACAUCACUACGAGACGUUUGAGAAAUUCGGCAAUGAGACUUUUGUGCUGCACUUGGAUAAUGGGCGGGCGUUUGGGCGUCACUCUCGGGAUGAGCCGUCUAUUCUCGCUCCCUUGCAUCAGUGUUGCAGGAUUCGUCGCUCCACCCUCCUCCGCUUGCGUCUCCUGUCCCUCCCUGCCUUCCGUCUGAGUGACGUCAUGCAGGAGUCUCUGGCUCAGGAUCCCCUGGGAGGCAUGGCCCCCCUCCUGUCAGAGCCGCACCUUUCUGCUUUGGACCGCCGCCUUGCCACCGUCCUGCAGGUGGUGCGGACAUGUCAGGAUCAGCACAACGAUGUCCUUCACGACGACUUGGAGGGAUACGACAGGGAAUAUGACCAACAGCCUGACUGA